GAAGUAAUAAAGGCAAUGUAGACAAAAUGAUCCAGCAAACAAAAGCCGCAGUACUGCACUAUGCCAGCACCAGUGAAAAACCAAAAGGAAAUGAAAAUUGGUGCAAGUGGCAACAGGAUCUUGCUAUGGGCAGUGCAACAUACAGGCCACUAAAGAAACCCCUACCAGCCGCUGUUGUGGACACAAUUUGGCCCAUAGUUGAGAAGUUAUCAAGUGAAAACCUGUUAGAAGGCGUAAAGAAUGGGCUUACUCAAAAUGCGAAUGAAUCUUGUCAUCAUUGUCUAUGGUCUUAUUUACCAAAGGAAACAAACCAUGGCUACGACGAAGUAAGGCUGGGAUUCCCCAUGGCAGUGGCCCAUUUUAAUUCGGGAAUGAACAAAUUUAACACCAACUUCAGUUCCACGUGAAAGUACAUCCGAUUGGAAACAUUUUGACAAUGAAUGAAUAUAUGCCGGAAAUUAUGCCUACUCAGAUGAGAGGAAUGCUGCAAGAAGACAAAUAAAAAAGCGCCGUCUUCAUAAAGAAGACCAACAAGAAUAUGCA